AUGUCAGCUGUCAAUGAUACCAAAUCCACACAUGCCAUGUUCCAUCUCACUGGGAUACCUGGGCAGGAAGACUUCCAUCUCUGGAUUGCUGUCCCCUUCUGCUUCAUGUAUGUUAUUUCGAUAGUAGGAAAUUCAGUAAUCAUAUUCUUUAUAAAAACAGACCCAAGCCUCCAUGAGCCCAUGUACAUUUUCCUUUCCAUGUUGGCCAUCACAGAUAUUGGCUUAUCCGUAGUCACCAUGCCAACAAUACUGGGCAUAUUCAUGUUUAACUCUAGGGAGAUCAGCCUGGAUGCCUGUUUUACCCAGUUGUUCUUCAUCCACUUUCUUCAAUGCACUGAAUCAUCUAUGCUCUUGCUGAUGGCUUUUGACCGCUUCAUUGCCAUCUGUAACCCACUGAGAUACACUUCCAUCUUAACCCUGCCGAGAAUAGCCAAGAUGGGGCUGGUGUUUGUGCCAAAAGGGGCAGCUGUAAUAUUCCCACUCCCCUUUCUCCUGAAACGCUACCGAUACUGUCGAUCCAACAUCCUCUCUCACUCCUACUGCCUGCACCAGGACGUCAUGAAUUUGGCUUGUUCAGACAUCACCGUCAACAUCAUCUAUGGCUUGUCAGCCAAACUCUUAACAAUGGGGUUGGACUCAGCACUGAUCUGCCUCUCUUAUGUGAUGAUCCUCAGUACAGUGAUGAGUGUCACAUCCCCCAUAGAGUGUCUGAGAGCCCUGAACACCUGCAUCUCCCACCUCUGUGCAGUCCUGCUCUUCUAUACACCAGACAUCAGCUUGAGUAUGAUAUACAGAUUUGGGAAGGGCUCUUCUCCCUUGCUUCAAGUUCUCCUGGGCUAUAUGACCCUGCUGGUCCCACCCCUGAUGAACCCGAUUGUCUACAGUGUGAAAAGCAAACACCUGCGUGUGAGGAUCAUCAAAAGAAAGGGUGAGGGAAGAGCCAUGAUGGAGGCAGGGGAGGGGAUAAAGAGAGGAUGGGGCUCCCACAUGGGUCCUACCUUUGCCUCUUAA